AGUUAGAUUUUGUCAGCCUCCGGUGGGAUCAUGUUGAGGGCUCUUCUUCCCGUUACGACCAUUCUCCCACUCUUGGUACAUGGCCUUGCAGAUCCAACAACAAUCGCGAGUAACCUAUCAGCCUUUCAGAGUGAAUUUCUGUGGCUGGUGAUUAUGGGCUUUAUUGUUGGUUUUAUCAUGGCGUACGGUAUCGGGGCUAAUGAUGUAGCCAACUCUUUCUCUGCAGCGGUGGGUGCAAAGUCGGUUACCCUCAAGCAGGCGGUUGUGCUCGCUGCUAUCUGUGAAAUGGUUGGUGUUAUUGGAAUGGGUGCUUCAGUAACUGAUACUGUACGUAAAGGUAUUCUCAAUGGCGAUUACUUCUUGUAUAACCCCGACUUAUUGAUGUUGGCGAUGUUCUCAGCCCUAACUGGUGCUGGAGCAUGGCUUGUCAUUGCUACUGUAAUGUCCUUCCCUGUAUCCACUACUCACUCCAUCAUAGGAGGGCUGAUAGGUGUUGGUAUGUCGGUGAGUUAUGAUGCUGUUGAUUGGUUAUCUGUAUUGAUGAUUAUCGUAUCUUGGAUAACUUCACCACUCUUGGCUGCUAUUGUUGGUGGCUCGUGGUUCUUAUUGGUUCGAACCUUUAUUCUGCGUAAGGGUGACAAUGCUGCCAAGUACUCUUACCGCUUUUUCCCAGUACUUCUCCUCAUCGUAUUCAUCAGCGUUUGUCUCUUUAUCGUCUUUAAGAACUCACAGGAGCAGAUCAAAGCAUUUGCCAGUAACUACCCAGCAUUUGCAGCUCUAACAGCUGUUGGCAUCGGCAUCGUCCUGGCCUUUGUCACUUACAUUGCAACCUAUCGUCUUGUUAAACGUAGGAUUGCAGCGGCUCCCGAGGUUGCUGAGCUUCCAUUACCAGCAACAGCUCCUGUGAGGAGCGUUUCAUCUGCUAAACCGUCGAGUAGUGACGAUGAGGAAGUUGGUUCGGGAGUAACGAAGGUUGAGGAAAGUCCGGUGCAGCCUAAGAGAGGCAAAGUUGCUUUUAAUCGUGACCUCCAUUCAGAGGCGCGUGAUGGUGACGUCAAGAUUGCUGCCAUUCAAGAUAAUGCUGAGGUGUUCCCUCCGAAGGCUGAAGAGACUUUCAAGAUCUUACAGGUUGUUAGUGCUUCGUUCGCAUCGGUGAGCCAUGGUGCUAAUGAUGUUGCUAAUGCUAUUGGUCCUAUUGCAUCAAUAUGGGGUAUAUGGCAAACUGCUGAUGUCGUAUCGAGUGUUGCCGUUCCCUUGUGGAUUCUCUUCUUCGGUGGAGCUGGUAUUGUUAUUGGCCUGUUAACCUAUGGUUACAAUGUUAUCAGAACUGUCGGUUGCAGUCUUAUCAAAAUCAGUCCCGCGAGAGGUUCAUCCAUUGAGUUGGGGUCAGCUUGGGUUGUUCUUGUUGGUUCUAACCUUGGUAUCCCACUCUCGACGACUCAUUGUAUGGUUGGUUCUACUAUUGGUGUUGGACUAUGUGAGAAGAAUGGGAGGAAGAGUGUUAACUGGAGCCUAUUUGUGAAGAUUGCUGCGGCUUGGGUGUUCACUCUAUUCUUCGCUGCUGUCACCUCAAGUGCUAUAUUCGGGUUUAUGUCAACGAUUUAUCAUCCGAGAUUGACCGAUGUCAUCUGUUCAUCAGGCCAGAGUUUCGUCGAUGUUUAUACUGGUAUUCCAAACGUGUCUGCAGCUUAUACUAGUGCCGGCCUCUCUGGUGUGUUCCAGUCGAUCGAUGUGAAUGGUGAUGGGCAUCUAUCAAUGGAUGAGCUCAGUUCGGCUGGAAUGGGUGUUACUGCUUCAGGGGAUAAUCCCAUCGAAGUAUAUGGUGGUGAUGAUGUUGACUAUCUUACCAAAGAUGAUUGGUUAUCAUGGAGAUGUGUGGGAAAGACUGAGUUGACUACAUUGUCUGAUCGAUUUUGUGAGCCGCUGUGUGCCAGUGGUUUUUCGUUGUCUGGGCCCCUCCAAUGCUCUUUGGUAAGUGGAGAGACGCUCACUGGUGGUUAUUCACAGUCGGCCUCUCUGUCGAUCCCCUCUUGCCAAUCUAUCAGUGGUUAAGUUGUGCUUGUCUUAUUAUGUUCUUGGGGAUGGAUAUUGACGCUUCUAUUUUCCUCUAAUCAUAUGGAUUAGAUCUUAUUCACUAUUGGCGUGCCGCGUCGCCGUCAUAAAGCUUAUCAAUCUUGUUUCAUCAUUGUGAUAGGGGUUACUGUGCUCAUCACCGUGUUAGAUCUCUAUCACCGUAAUCUCAGUAGAAAAUGUUAUUUCAAGCACAUCGGAUGGUAUUUACACACGUUGUAAUGCAUCCGUGCUUGCAGA